GAUGGCGGCCGAACUUGAGGAAAUGGCGCCUCCAUUUUCACUUCAUUCUAUGGACGAUACUGGUUCCUCUGGUAAAAAUACGAUAGAAUUGGGGACUGAAGAAGAAGAAGAAAAAGGGCAGGACCACAAAGGGGUUUUCGUUUUAAGAGAAAAAAGUGGUGUUAUUUACCCGGUUGACUACAAAUAUAGAAUUGAUACUUGCUAUCCUGGAUAUAAUCCACGUUUUGUCAAUGCACCAACUGUUAUCACGUUGGUUGGUUUACCAGCAAGGGGCAAAACAUAUAUGGCCAAAAAACUGGGCCGUUAUCUCAACUGGAUAGGCAUCAAAACAAAAGUGUUCAAUGUUGGUGAGUACAGAAGAAGGGCAGUGGGGUCUGAUAAACUACAUGACUUUUUCCGUGUGGACAAUGCCGAAGCACAAAAAGUUAGGAGACAAUGUGCUCUAGCUUGCUUGGAAGAUGUCAGCGAGUUUUUAACUCGUGCUGGACAAGUUGCAAUAUUUGAUGCUACAAAUACAACAUUUGAGCGAAGGGCCUUAAUCAUGGACUUUUGCACAAAAAGAGGAUUCAAGGUUUUUUUCAUGGAAUCCAUUUGUGAAGAUUCAGAUAUUGUCGCUGCAAAUAUUAAGGUGAUGGGACAUGAAUUUCUCAGUAAUGAGGAGUUUAAAACAUGGGAGGUAUGGGUAGAUUCUCCAGCUUCAACUUUACCUCCACAGGAAGUUAAAGUUUUCAGCCCAGACUAUGUGACUGUGGACCGAGAUACAGCCGUUAAAGAUUUCAGGAAGCGUAUCAAGCACUACGAGGAUGCAUAUGAACCACUUUCAUUAGAAAAAGAGGGGCAUCUUUCAUUCAUCAAGAUCAUCAAUGCAGGAGAACAGUACAUAGUAAACAGCAUUGAUGGUUACCUUCAAAGCAGAGCAGUCUAUUUUUUGAUGAACUCCCAUAUCAAGAAGAGGUCAAUAUAUCUUGCUAGGCAUGGUGAGAGUGAAUUUAAUGUUCAAAAGAGACUUGGGGGCGAUUCUGAUCUGACAGCCAAAGGAGAGGAGUUUUCAUCAGCUCUGGCGAAAUUUAUCGAAGAUGAAAAAAUCAAAGAUUUAAAGGUUUGGACAAGUCAGUUAAAAAGGGCAGUGGACACUGCUCAGUAUCUCAAGGGAGUGACAACUGAGAGAUGGAAGGCACUGAAUGAAAUGGACCACGGCAUCUAUGAUGGAAUGACUCUGGAUGAGAUAAAAAAGAUGGACCCUGAAGAACACAAAGUUAUAGAAGAACACCCGUUCAAUUAUCGAUACCCCAGGGGAGAGUCUUAUAGUGACGUGUGCGCUCGACUCGAACCAGUUAUAAUGGAAUUAGAAAGACAAUCCAAUGUCUUGGUUAUUUGCCACGAGGCUAUCCUGCAGUGUCUCAUGGCAUACUUUCUGGACCACAGCUCAGGAGAACUGCCAAAUCUUCACAUUCCUUUUCACACAGUCUUCAAACUGACGCCGAUUGCUUAUGGCUGCAGAGUUGAGAGGUAUCCACUUUCCCCAGUGGCUGGGACAAGUCCACCAGUCUCAAGCAGGUAAGAGAUUAUCCCUGAG